AUGGCACCAUCUCGCAUUGAGGUUUCCGAGGCCKCCACAGUUUCUUCGAAUAAACUUGAUGCCCAGACAACGUAUGGUGACUUCCGGGACGAAUUCUACGCCAACGGCUACGCAGUGAUCAAGGGUGUUCUGAGCAAAGAACGUGCAAAGGAGUAUCAGAGCAAGGCCCUCGACUGGCUCGAGUCCUUCCCACUUGGAUUUGACCGCAAUGACAAAUCGACUUGGAAAAAAGAAAAUGUGCCUCAGAGCUUCAAGGGUGGCAUGUACCUUCACUUCCGGGCUGCUCACGAGAAAUAUGUCUGGGACAUUCGAACUGAACCAAGUGUAAUUGAGCCCUUUGCUAAGUUAUGGGGCACAGACGAACUCGUUGUUUCCUUUGACACAGUAAACAUCACUCUGCCCGCAAAGAUUGUCGGAGGUUACGACUCCAAGCCAUGGCCACACUGUGACCAGGCACCCGAGCGUAGUGGCAUGGUUUGCGUUCAGGGUAUCGUGAAUUUGUCCGAGUCCGGUCCUAACGACGGUGGCCUUGUCGUUAUGAAACGCUCUGCCCCGCUGUUCGAUAAAUUUUUUGAAGAAAACCCUGUUACCGGACCUACUCCUUGGCGAACAGCCAAACACAAGGAUUUCCAUCCUUUUGCCGAGAAGGAUUUGGAUUGGUACCGUGAACACGGCUGUGAAUUGGUCAAAGUCUGCGCCGAGCCAGGUGAUUUAAUCAUUUGGGAUUCGCGUGAGAUGCACUGGGCUCAAUUCGGAGAGUCAGAUGUGCUUCGAACCAUUGUGUAUGCGACAUAUACCCCAGCUGCAUGGAUGUCGGAAGAGGAGCAGAAGUUGAAGAAGGACCUUUUUGAAAAUUGGGAGACAACUACUCACUGGCCACAUACCAAUUUGUAUACUCAUGGCGACGCCACGCUUACUGUGGAUGGAAAGGAGGUACCUGAUCCAUUGGAGCGAAAGGAGCCUCUUACGAAGCCGGAGCGUACUGAGAGAUUGUUGAAGUUGGCUGGAGUGAUUCCUUACUGA